AUGAACAACAGGAUAAAGAGGUGUGAGGAAGAGAUUAAGAAGAUAGAUGAUAUAGUUAGUGAUGGUAAUUAUGACGGAACGGUGGAGGCUCGACGGAAUGCUCUUGUGACUUGUUGUGCAAAGUGGUAUGCUAGAAAGGAGAUUCAUUGGAAGCAGAUAUCUCGGUCUCAACAUUCUAGAGAUAUGGACAAGAACACUAGAUACUUUCAUAACCUAGUAUCAGCUAGAAGGAGAAACAACAUAAUCGAUUCUCUGGUAAUUAAUGGAAGGUUAGUGCGGAAUCAAUCCAGAAUAAAGGUUGCGAUUAUAGAUUUUUAUAGAGAACUAUAUCGGCAGAAAUAUGCUCCUAGGAUUAGGAUCCGUGAUGGGUUGGUAAAGCAAAUUGAUGAAGAAGAGGCAGCAGAGUUAGAGGCAAUGCCACCGCCUGAGAAAAUACGACAGGCGGUUUGGGAUUGUGAGUCCAAUAAAGUGUUAGGUAGUGAUGGAUAUAAUAUGAACUUCAUAAAAUACUGGGGUGAGAUUGGCCAGGAUUUUACUGCAGUUGUAUUGGGAUUCUUUCAAAGUGCAAAGCUACCAAUGGAUGCUAAUAUAACAUAG